AUGAUCGAGAUCGGCUUCGAAGACGUGAGCAUCUAUAUGCAUAAGUGGCCCACGAACAGCUGGCCCAAGGAUUUGAAGUUCAAAGAGCUGGGAAUGUGGCAAAACCAAAGCAUGAUGGAAGGACUCGAGGGUUUUACAAUGGCCCCUCUCACGCGUGCGCUAGACUGGAAGAAGGAUGAGGUCAACGUUUUCCUCAUCGAUGUGCGCAAGGAGAUCAACAACAGAGACGUUCACGCGUACUGGCCAAUUUAUUUUAUCAUGGGUCGCAAGCCUUUUAAGGCGGAGACGCCAGCCCCAGCUUAG